AUGGGACCGGGACCUGAUGAGCGCCAGCCUGACACCAUGCCUCACUUCAGAGAGGCUGCGGGCCGAAGGUAACUCGGCCUCAUCCGGAAAUAUUCGGAUAUAAUUGUGGGUCAAUUCUUUGGUCAUCUCCAUUCCGACACCUUCCGCAUCGUAUAUAACGGCAGUUCAGCACGGCCUGUCUCGUGGAUGCUCAUGGCGCCGUCUCUCAGCCCAAGUAGGACUAACGGUGGAGCGAACAAUCCUGGCAUUAGACUCUACAAGUUUAACAGAGACACUGCUCAAGGUAUAGAUUACACGCAAUACUACCUGGAUCUAAAUCAAGCCAAAUAUAAAGAAAUGUCAGAUUGGAGUCAAGAGUAUAAUUUCACCAGCUACUACGGUUUGACCAACAUCACUCCUUCAUCCCUGCAUGAACUCGCCUCCUCUUUCAGGCACGACUCACCCUUCUUUGACAGGUCAUCCAAACUUAGGAGUGAACCUUGA